AUGUGCACUGCGCAUCCCCCCUCGUUCCUCUCCCUCCCAGGCUGGACCGCUGGGUACGUGGACGCUCCUCCGCAGCUGGAAAAGGGAGCGGAGUCCAAGUGGGCCGCCAACGCAUUCUAUUCGCCAACCUCCCCGCUGAUCUCUCCCGCAUAUGCCAUGCGCCAUGUGUUGUGCGCGUGCUCCCUCUCCUCCUUCCCCUCCCAGGCUGGACCGCUGGGCUGGACCGCUGGGUACGUGGAUGCCCCUUCUCAGCUGGAGAAGGGAGCAGAGGCCAAGUGGGCUACAAACGCGUCCCACUCCCCCAACCUCCCCGCCGAUCUCUCCCGCAUCAUGCGCUGGGACGGCCGGGGAGCCAGUCUGGAGCUGCCAGGUGUCAACCCGUCACAGGACGGCAUGCUCUUCCUCACCUCUGGCCGCGGGUGGCGCAUUCAAGCACGGGAGGAUGCGUUCGGGGAUGUCACAGAGCUGGGGGAGAGUCAGGAGCACAUGUCAAUGCUUGCUUGCUUACUUGUCCUCUUCCCCGCAUCACCCACCAGUGGUCGCAGGUGGCGCAUUCAAGCACGGGAGGACGCGUUUGGAGAUGUGACAGAGCUGGUGGAGAGUCAGGAGCACAUGUUCGCAUUCCUCUACAUCCCCUUCUCUGCCACUGGGUAA